AUGGCUGACAAUACAGGAAGAGAAACCAACAAUUCUACUUUUGAUGCCUCCGCCUCUGGCACAAUUGUGAAACAACCUGAAGGAAAGAUUACUCCUAUGGUUUCUACCAACCAUAGUGAGAAACCUGAGAAGUUCCAUGGCUCGAACUUCAAGACAUGGCAACAAAAGAUGUUGUUCUAUUUGACAACAUUGAAUCUCUCGAGAUUCUUAAGUGAGGAUGCUCCAAAGCUGCCUGAAGGCUUAACUGAUGCACAAGCUGUCAGUGCUAUUGAUGCUUGGAAGCACUCCGAUUUCCUUUGUCGAAAUUAUGUCAUGAACUGCUUGCAUGACUCGCUGUAUAACGUGUAUCAAAUACUCAAGACGGCGAAGGCAUUAUGGGAAUCCUUAGAUCGGAAAUAUAAAAUCGAAGAUGCCGGGACAAAGAAAUUUGUCGUUGGAAAAUUUCUAAACUAUAAAAUGGUGGAUUCCAAAACUGUUAUCAGUCAAGUGCAAGAAAUUCAGAUUAUCUUGUAUGAGAUUCUAGCUGAAGGCAUGAUUUUGAGUGAAACCUUUCAAGUAGCUGCUGUUAUUGAGAAGCUACCUCCUGGGUGGAAGGAUUUCAAGAACUAUCUCAAGCACAAGCGCAAAGAGAUGAGUAUGGAGGACCUUAUCGUUAGACUUCGAAUUGAAGAAGACAACAGGGGUUCUGAUUGCAAGGCAACAACUUCUGUUGAUGCUAAAGCAAAUAUUGUGGAGUAUAAGCAAGGGCAAAACUCCAAAGGCAAAAAGCCAACUCGAAAUCUUGGGGCAAAAGGGAAAAUCUCUAAGCAGAAAUUCCAAGGAAAGUGCUUCAACUGUGACAAAAAAGGUCACAAGUCCACUGAAUGUAAGCUUCCAAAGAAGAAGAAACAUGAAGCAAACUUGCUUGAUAGAAUCGAGGGAGACAUGGAAAACAUGAACCUGACUGCUAUGGUCUCUGAAGUAAAUAUGAUAGGGUCAAAUCCGAAAGAAUGGUGGAUUGACACUGGAGCCACAAGACAUGUUUGCACAAACAAAGACCUGUUCACUACCUUCGAAAAACUUGAAGGUGAAAAAAUGUUCAUGGGGAACUCUGCCUCAUCUGCUAUUGAAGGUCAAGGGAAGGUGUUGUUAAAGAUGACUUCUGACAAAACAUUGACUUUGAACGAUGGGCCU